AUGAGAAACAGAAAUCAUAAAAAAAACAAGAAAGAUGAAGAAAGAAAUAUAAGAAAACAUUCAAAUGAUAACAAUAAAAUUGUAAACGAUAUGAAAGACAACAACAAUAAUAAUAAUAAUAAUAAAAGUGUUAUACAUAGUAGUAGUAAUUUAAAAAAGGUUGAAGAGAAAAAAGUAUUUGAAAGAAAUAAAUUUGGUCAGUUUAUAAAAAAAUCAAUAUCUCCAUCUUUAAAAGACACCAAUAUAAAAAGUAAUAAUAAUAAAAAUAUGAAAACUGAUAGUCAUAGUAAUGAGGUGAAUAAUAAUAAUAAUAAUAAUAAUAAUAAUAACAACAACAACAACAACAAUAAUAAUAAUAAUAAUAAUAAUAAUAAUAAUAAUAACACCUUAAGUAAUAAAGAAAAAUUAAAAGUUCUUAUUGAUAAAAUUAAAAAAAUACAAAAUAAAAAAGAAGUUAAUAAAACGUUAGAUAAACCUAUGUAUAUGAGAAAUUUUCAGGAUGAAAAAAAAGUUUCUAAUAGUAAUAAUGCUAAUAAAAUAAAAAGAAAUGGAGAUCCAAGAAAUUUAGGAGAUAUAAAAAGUAAUGAUAAUAUAAAAAGUAAUGAUAAUAUAAAAAGUAAUAAUAAUAUAAAAAGUAAUAAUAAUAUAAAAAGUAAUGAUAAUAUAAAAAGUAGUUAUAAUCAAAAAAAUAGUGAUAAUCUAAAAAAGAGUGAUAAUCUAAAAAAUAGUGAUAAUCUAAAAUAUAGUGAUAAUAUAAAAAUUAAUGAUAAUCUAAAAAAUAGUGAUAAUAUAAAAAGUAAUGAUAAUCUAAAAAAUAGUGAUAUUAUAAAAAGUAAUGAUAAUCUAAAAAAUAGUGAUAAUCUAAAAAAUAGUGAUAAUAUAAAAAAUAAUAGGGAACCCAGAUGUAAUGAGGAAAAGGAAUCCAGUGAAAACGUCAAUAUUAAAGAGAAGGUUAUAAAUAAUAGGGACUGUAAAAAUAACGACAAGUUUAAAAUUAAUAGAGAGGUAAACAAUAGUAGAGAAAAUAGAAGGAAUGAUGAUACUAAUAUAAGUGAUGACCAUAAAAAUAAUAUUGAUCAGAAAGGUAGUAAUAAUAAUGUAUCAAGAAAUAAUAAUACAUCUAAAAAUAAUAAUACACCCAAAAAUAAUAAUACACCCAAAAAUAAUAAUACACCCAAAAAUAAUAAUACAGUCAAAAAUAAUAAUACAGUCAAAAAUAAUAAUACAAUCAAAAAUAAUAAUGCUACUAAAAGUAUGAGCGACUCCAUAAAUAGUGAUAUCAUAAAUAAAUCCGAUUGCAUCAAUAACGCUGAUGAAAAUAAUGAACAUAAUGAUGAUGAGAGUAGUAAGAAGGAAGAUGAAGUGGAUAAUAAUAAAAUUGAAGAUGAUAAUUUAAUAAAUAAAGAUGAAAAGAGAGGAGAAAAUAUGAGUGUAGCUAAGGAAGAUAAUGAGACUUAUUAUAGAAGUAGUAGAAGAGAGAGGUGUCGUAAUUUGAAGAAAGAAGAUAAUUUAAAAAAUGUGAAUGAUGAAGAUAAUUUAAAAAAUAUGAAUGAUGAAGAUAAUUUAAAAAAUAUGAAUGAUGAAGAUAAUUUAAAAAAUAUGAAUGAUGAAAAUAAUAAUGUAAGUCCUUUUACAAAAGAAGGAAGGAAAAGAAGUGUAAGAGAUAGAAGUAAUUUAAGAAAUUUUAAUUAUAUAAAUGUAAAUAAUAAUAAUAUAAAGGAUGACGAUUUUGUUGAUGAUAAUAAAAAUAGUAGUGUAAUAAAAAUGAAUGAAGGAAAAAAGACGAUUCUAAGAACACGUGUAAGAAAUAGAAGAAGAAGUCAAAGGAAAAGAGGAAGGAGAUGUUCAAAUUUAAGAAAUAAUAAAAAUAAUUUAAAUUCUGUUAGUAAAAGUAAUUAUGAUAUGUCUGAAGGAGAAAAUUAUGAAAAAGGUAGAAAAUUUUUUUAUGAUAAUAAUAGUAAUUAUAAUGAGUUAGAUCCAUUAAAUAGUAAAUUUUCGAAUAUAAAAAUUUCAAAGAAUUUUUUUCUUAAAAUGAAUGAUGAUGAUGAUGAUGAAGAAGAAGAUGAUGAUAAGACUAGUAGUAAGCACAGUUCAUAUUCGUUUGGAUUAAACGAAAGAAACAUAGAAAAGAAGAUAAUAAUAUUAGAGGAGAAGGAUGGAAUAUAUGAGAUAAAUGAGAAUUAUUUGGGGUAUGACAAUAAUAAAGAUAUGGAUGAUAAUAAUAAAAAUAUUGAUUACAAUAUGAUACAUAAUGAUGAUAAUAAUAAAAGUAUUAAUCACAAUAUGAUAUAUAAUGAUGAUAAUAAUAAAAGUAUUAAUCAGAAUAUGAUAUAUAAUGAUGAUAAUAAUAAAAGUAUUAAUCACAAUAUGAUAUAUAAUGAUGAUAUUAAUAACGAUAUGGAUGAGGAUCAUACAAAUAACCCUCAGAAUAAGAAUGACGAUUGUAACAGUUCUAAAUGUAAUGAUGAUAAUUCUUGCCAAUUAAAUAAUAAUACAAAACAAAAUGAUAAGAAACUUAAUAUUGAUCAUAAUAAUAUGUGUGAUGUUAAAAAUAUAUAUAAUAUAUAUAAUAUAGAUAAUAAAAUAUGUAAUAUAAAAAAGAGAGUAUUAAACAAUGAAGAGAUUUUAAUAUUAUUAAAUUUAUUAAGAGAUAUUAAUAUAAAUCGAUUUACUUUAAAACAUGUAAUGACAAGUAAAGAUUGUAUGUAUGAAAAAUUUAUGUUAUAUAAUUUAUUUUCAUAUAAUAUAACAUGUUUAAAAAGUCCUUUAAAAUUGAUGUAUGCAUAUUGUUUGUUUAAGAAUUUAAAAUUAUUUUAUCAGAUACAAUAUAAAAAUAUGAAUAUGACAGAAAAAUCUAUUCCAAAUUAUAAAAUAAAAAAUAAUUUAUUAGAUACACAUUGUAUUAUUUUAAAUAUGUUUGAUAAUUAUUAUCAAAAUGUAUGUAAACAAAAAAUGUCUAUAACUGAUUUUAUUAAUUCAUUUUAUUUAAAUAUACAUAAUAUAAAUAUUGGUAAAAAAAAAGCACAACCAAAUAAAAAUUAUGAAAAUAUUGUAUUACCAGAAAAAGAUAAUAGAAAAAUAACAUCAAUGUAUACAAAUAGACCUGUUCUAUAUUCUAAUUAUAUAAAUAAAGAAACUGAUAUAAAUAUAGAAAAACAGUCUAAUAAACUUAAUGAUAUUAACAUGGAAAAUUAUCAUACAGUUAAUAAAAAUAAUAAAUCAAUAAAUAAUAAAUCAAUAAAUAAUAAAUCAAUAAAUAUUGAUUCUAUAAAUAAUAAAUAUAUAAAUAAUGAUAACAAUUAUCGUAGUCACUACAAUUUAAAUGAUAAUAAAUACAAUAGUGUAUGUAAAAAUGAAUUAACAUCACAUAUAAAUGAUAUAUCUCAAGUUCAAAAUUAUAAGCAAAAUGAUGAUAAUGCUGAUAAUAUAAAUAAAGAUAUAUAUAGAAAUAUAUAUAAAGAACAAAAUUUAUAUCAUAUACAUAAUUAUAAUGAUAUGAGUAAAGGAUCUAAUGAUCAUAACGUUAAAACGUUUAAUGUGCAAAAUAAUAGAAAAGAAAAUGAUUUAAAAAAUUCUAUAUAUCAUGAUAAUAAAAUGUAUCUUCUGGGCAAUGAAAAAACACCAUGUUUAAAAGAUAUAGAUAUAAAUAAGAAUUAUGAACAUGAAUAUGAUAAUUAUGAUGAUAUAAAUAGAUACAACAACAAUAAUAAUAUUAAUACGGAUGAGGGUAAAAAUGAAAAGGAUAUCUAUUUAAAUAAUGAUAAUAGAAAAAGGAAAUAUUUUACAAAUAAAAAUAUAUUAGAAUAUGAAAAUAAAAAGAAAAAAAUGUCAUAUACAAUAAAUAUGAAUCAAAAUAAUGAUAAUGAAUCUGUAAAUAAUAAAAGUCAUAUGAUGUUAUGGAAAUAUAAAGAAUUAGAAAAUAUUAAAAAUAUGAUAAACAAUGAAAAAGAUGAGGAAGAAGACUGUACUCCAUUAGCACAUACUAUAAAAAUUUCAAAAAAUUGUAAUAAUAUAAAUAUGGAUCAAUACAAUGAAAGAAAUAAAAAUGAAGAAUAUAAUGAUGAUAUGAGUAAUUAUAAAGUGUUAAGAGGUGCUAAUUUUGAGUGUUAUGAUGUCAACGAAUCUGUGCAUGUUCAGGAUAUUCAUGAUAAGGGGGAAGAAAAGAAAAUCGCGGCAUCGUUAGAUAUUAAGAAUGAUGAAAAUGACGAUGUGAAUAAAAAUGAUAAUAUAAAUCAAAAUGAUAAUAUAAAUAAAAAUAAUGAUGUGAAUCAAAAUGAUGAUGUUAAUCAAAAUAAUGAUGUUAAUCAAAAUGAUGAUGUUAAUCAAAAUAAUGAUGUUAAUAAAAAUAAUGAUGAUAAUAAUUAUAUCAUAGAGAAAGGUGAAAAUUAUGAAAAAAAAAAAAAUAUAGAAAAUAUUCAAUAUGAUAAAAAAUAUUCAAACAAUGAUAUACAAUAUAAUAUGCCCUUUAAAGAUAAAUCCUUAUUAUUAUUUGAUGAGAAGAAUAUGAAUAAUGAGAAUAAAAAAGAAAAUACUCCAAUUAAAAUGGAAGAUAUAAAUUUUUCAGUGAAUAUGGAAUAUUCUCCAAUGCUAAAAAAUAGAAGAAUAAAUUAUGAUAAUAAAAAUAAUGAUAUAUAUAAUAAAAAUAAUGAUAUAUAUAAUAAAAAUAAUAUAUAUAACAAUAAUGUUGAUAGUUGUAUUAAGAAUGAUGAGUAUCUUCAUAGUAGCGACAACAAUCUUAGUGUGAAUAAAUAUAACAGUGUGAGUAAACGAAGGAGACGAGUAGAUAGAAAUAAAGAGAGCAAUGAAAAAGAGAAACGAGUUUAUAGAAAUGAUAUAAUGGAGCUUCAAAAUGUGGAUGUGAUGCUACUUGAACGUAUAAAAAAUAAUUAUAAGAUGUUAAUUGGAAAUGAUAAUGAGAAUAAAAAAAAAAAAAAAAAAAAUACUUCAACUGUAACAUUAAUGGGAGAUGAAGAUGACACAUAUGAUAAUAAUAAUGAAAAGAACAAUGAAAAGAACAAUGAUAAUAAUAAUAAUAAUAAUAAUAAUAAUAAUAACAACAAUAAUAAUAAUAACAACAAUAAUAAUAAUAAUAAUAAUGAGAUUCAUAACAAUAAUAUUAUUAAUAAUAAUAUGAUCCAAAGGAGUAAUGGAAAAAUAGAAAAGUGCCGGAAAAAUAAAAUACCUUAUUUCAAUAAAUAUAGUAAAUUAUUAAAUAAUGAAGAUAAGAAAAAAAAAAAAAAUAUGUUAACUACGGAAUGUUUAUAUAAUAAUAAUUUUAAUAUAUUAGAUAUAAAAGUGAAUACACAUUUUGCUCAUAAUUAUCAUAUAUCUUUAUUUUUUUUUUGUAAAUAUACAUCAUAUAAUUUAUAUUUACAUCCAUUAAAUAAGAAUGAACAUAUUGUAUCUUAUGUUAUUUUAAAUUCUAAGAAUGAAGUAUUAACAGAUAAUGGGAAUUCUUUUGUUUUAAGAUAUUUAUUAUCUUUCUUAACAAAUAAAAUUUCUAGUUUAAAAAAAUGUUAUGCAAAUGCUUUAUAUAAUUCUUAUUUAUUACAAAUACCUAUACGUAUAUUUAGACAUCAUAAUUUAGAAAAUAAAUAUAGCCCAAACUACGGUAUUAGAUAUGAUGGCAUAUAUAAAAUCAUUAAUGCUUUUACUAUUAAUGAUUAUUCUACUCCUGAAUAUAAAAGAGAUAUAUUAUAUGUUUUUAAAAGAUUAUAUGUUGACAAAUGCUUUAUAUCAAAUAUUAAUCAUAAAAUUCUUGAUGAUCAAGCUGAAAGGAAAAAAAAAUUUAUAGAAAAAAAUUCGGUUUCUAUUAAUGUUAUGAUGAAUAAAGAAAUUAUUAUGACAUUAAGAAUACCUUAUUUAAAAAAUUAUAAAUCUACUACCUUUACAAAUUUUAAUCAUAUAUAUAAAUUUAUAAGAAAAAAAUGUAUUGAAAAGAAGUUAGCUACUUCAUGGGUGCAAUCUGAGAUGAGUACAUAUGAGGCUUGUAUGCAGCAUAUUAGAGCUAAAGAAAAAGAAAAAGAAAAAGAAAAAAAUAAUAAUUAUAUAAAUAAUGAAAAAAUGAAUAAUAUCAAAAAUAAUGAGAAUAAUAUAAAAGAUGUAUAUAAUGAAAGGAUAAGUUCUAGUGAUGAUACAUUUAAAGAUUGUAUACAAGCCAUAAAUAUUGAUAAUCCUAUGGAUCACGAUGUUGACGUUGGAUUUGUUAUAAAUGAGGGCAAUAAUAAAAUAAAGGAUAUGAAAAAUAAAAAUUGUAAUGUUAAUGAAAAUAUAAAUGCCCACACUAAUAAAAAUAAUAUGAAUGAUAUAAAAAAUAUUAAUUAUAUGAACAAUAUGAAUUAUAUGAACGAUAUUAAUUAUAUGAACAAUAUUAAUUAUAUGAAUUGCAAUUCAUCGGAUGAAGGUCAAUAUCCUUAUUGGUGCCUUGGAAAAUAUUUACCUUUUGUUUUAAUUCUAGAAACUUUAAACUUUGAAAAAGAAAUUGAUAUAUAUAAAGGUAUGAGAACAAAAAAUUUAAAGAAUCUAAAAAUAUCUAUCAUAAAAACAGAAAUUCCAAUAAAUUGUGAAAUGGCUAAAAGGCCAGCACAUUUAUUUAUACCUAUAAAAAGUAAAGAAGCAAUAUCUGCAUAUAUAGAAUUAAAAAAACCAUAUGAUAAUAAUUGGAAUCCAUAUGAAGAUUUAUCAGGUGGUAAAGAGAUUUUUAAGAUACCUGUUGAAAAUGUAGUAGAUGAAUCAUUACCUCCUAUGAAUUUUACAUAUGUUAAUAAAACUAUAUUUUUUUCUAGAUUACCUCCAUAUAAUUUAUUACCUUUAUGUUCUGGUUGUGCUCCACAUAAUUAUAAUAAAAAGGAAUAUGUAGAUCUUUAUAUAAAUGGAUAUUGUAAAGGUAUAAGACAUAAAAAAACAAAUAGAAUAUAUUGUGAUGGAAAUAAAAAUUAUGAUAUUAAUGAUUUCAAUGUAUUAGCUGCAUGUUCAGGAAAUUGUUUAUGUGAUCCUUUAAAAUGCACAAAUAAAUUUCCAGAAGGUUUACAUUAUCCUAUAAAAGUUGUAAAGACAAAAGAUAUUGGAUGGGAUAUUGUUUCAUGUUCAUUUAUAAAAGCUAAUUCAUUAAUUAUGCAUUAUGUAGGUGAAAUUACUACAAGAAAAGAAAUGAUAUCUAGAGAACAUGAAUAUGAUAAAAAAGGUUAUUUUAAUUAUUUUAUUGAAACUGCAGAAGUAGAUGAAACUUAUCCUGAUGAUUGGAAAAUUCCAUGUAUUGAUGCUCUUUUUAUAUCUAAUGUUGCUAGAUUCUUAAAUCAUUCAUGUGAACCAAAUGUAAAUGUUAUAACUAUAUGGAGAGGUGAUAAUUAUCCAUCAGUUGGUAUUUUUGCUUCACGAGAUAUACAACCAAAUGAACCUUUAAAAUAUCACUAUGGAAUCAAUUAUAAAAAUAUUAAGUGUAUGUGUGCAUCUAAGAAGUGUAAGGGUUACAUAGGUUAA